CUCGGUUCAUUCACAGAGAGACACACACCUCUCCUUCCUUCCUUCCUUCCUGAGCUUCAAACCCUGCGACGAUGUCGGACGUGACGGCGGUGAUGGACCUCGGGGUGGAGGAGCCGCGGCUGGAGCUGCCUCCGGGGUUCAGGUUCCACCCCACCGACGAGGAGGUGGUCACCAGCUACCUCACGCCCAAGGUGCUCGAUAAGACCUUCUCCUGCCUCGUCAUGGCCGACGUGGAUCUCAACAAGUGCGAGCCAUGGGAUCUCCCAAGCAAGGCCAAGAUGGGGGAGAAGGAGUGGUUCUUCUUCGUGCACAAGGACCGCAAGUACCCCACUGGUAUGCGCACCAACCGCGCCACCGAGAGCGGCUACUGGAAGGCCACCGGCAAGGACAAGGAGAUCCUCCGCGGCAAGGGCCGCGCCGCCGUCCUCGUUGGCAUGAAGAAGACGCUCGUCUUCUACAUGGGCCGCGCCCCGCACGGCACCAAGACGCCGUGGGUCAUGCACGAGUACCGCCUCGACGGCAGGCUCCCCGCCCACCUCCCCCGCUCCGCCAAGGACGAAUGGGCCGUGUGCCGGGUGUUCAACAAAGACUUGGCGGCGAAGAAUGCGCCGCAGCCGCCGCACGCGGCGGCGGGCGGCCUGCUGGAGCGCACCGACUCCUUCGCCUUCCUCGACGACUUACUUGCCAACGCCGACCUGCCGGCGCUCGUGGACUCGCCCUACGGCGCCGUGGAGGACGACUUCGCCGGCGCCUCGUCCUCCACCUCCGGCGCUGCCGCGCCGGCGGAGCCGGACAUGGGCUUCUACCACGAGGUCAAGACCGAGCAGCCGGCCCCGCCGCAGCCGCAGCCCCAGCAGACGCAGGGCCCCUACUACUUCUCCAUGCCGGCAGCGCCGACCGGCAUCCCUAGCGGCGUCCGCGCCGGGUACUCGCAGUACCACCAGGGCGAGGGGAGCCAGCAGGACGCGAUCAGGAGGCACUGCCGGCCUCAGGCGCCGUCGUCGUCUGCGCUCCUUGGCCCGCUCCUCGGCGCUGCCGAGGCGGAGAUGCCAUCCCUGAUGCCGCCGACGAGGCAGCCGUCGUUCCUGGACCUGGACGACCUCUCCUCCGACCCGCUCAUGGACUACACCAACAUGUGGAAGUACUAACGAAUCCAUCCGUCUUCCUUUCGACGGAGCUUCUUCGUUUCCUCCUGGUAGCUGCAGAUAGUUUCAUGGUUUGGUUGGUGCUAGCUAGCUAGCUAGCUCUUGGGCUAAUUAGUUGCUUCUUCGUUAACCUCCAAUUCAGGAUUGCGUUGGUUGUUUAGGCAGGUUAAUCCGGUCGUGUGUGUUUGUUGAUGCGUGCAAGGCUAAUAACGAUGGCCUGUGAGUGGGUGAUUAAUCUUAGCUAGGGUGUGGUAUCAUAUCAUGGUAGUGAGUUCUCUCUAGUCUGUACAUUGGAUUAGCUCUCUGAUUGGCAUGAUACAGGUUAGUGGUGAUUAGGGGGGAUGAACUGGAAUUUGGAGACAUACCGGUGGUGACCGAGCUGAUUGAUUAAUCUGAUUGUGUGUUGAUCGGGCUGAGUUGUAUACAUCUUGUAAAUGUACUAUUGGUCGUUCGGCCCCCUAAAUCAUCAUGGUUUAUUCAGAC